AUGCAACAAAACCUGAUGUGGGGCGUGAGCGGCCUGGCCGUUCGCCUGGUGCUCGUCACGGCAGCGGUCGCCAUGGUGGUGGACAGCCUUCUCCACCGACUGUACGCACGAACGGACAGGGGCAAGGUAUACAUGCUCACUGCAGUCGACGGCGGCAACUGGACCGAGUGGAGCUGCCCGUACGGCUUUGGCGUUCGCCACGUGAUCGGCACCGCCAACGACCGAGACUUGAACGUGAUGUUUGCAGUCGGCCCCGAUCGACACGUGUAUCAGAUGCAAGAGGAUGCCGAGUCGCGGACGUGGCACGAGUGGCAAUCCUUGUCUGGGGUGUCGCAUGUGACCAAGCUAGCGAGCAGCCGCGAUGUUGCCGGAUCGUGGCGGGUGUACGCCAUCACAACGUCCCACAAACUGGCAGUGACGUCGCGGGACGCGCUUGGCUGGUGGACCUUUGAUGGAGAUGUGAUCGAUGCAGUCGCCACUGCCGAUGCAGAUGGCAACCACCAAGUCAUGUCGAUUAUGGCAAACGGAACGAUGUGGGAAUCCACCGAAGUACGUGGCGUGUGGAGCACGUGGAAUGUUCUCCAACCCAGCCAAGUUGAAAACGACCCCACCUUUCGCACGAUCAGCAUUGGAACGAGUCGGGACGGCUACAGAUGUGUUUGUGGUGUCAGUGCCGUCGACUCGAGUGUGUGGGCGCGACUUGAAACUCCCAAUGGAUGGCUGCCAUGGAAGCACUUGGAGAACGAGGCAGUGCACGUUGGGGUGGUUCGAGGAAUCGACAACACGUUUGUCCUGGUCAUUUUGGAUUCGAAUCAGUACCUCCUAGUGGCCACGUUAGAAACAGUGCGCAGCGCCGCAUCCGUCGGGGUUACAUCCUGGUCGCCGAUUGCUUCACAUGUGCAAACGUUUGAGUUGAGUUCGAUGCCGCGGGCGACCGCCGUCAACACGUUGUUCUUCCUCGACCUGCACGGCUCGUUGUGGACCAUGGAUCAAGAGUCUACUGGUGACUGGACCACCGCCACGUCGGCGGCACCUUCGUCUCGCCUGCGCCAACUAGCACAGACACCCUCACCCCGCCUGCUGCCUGUCGACGGCCGAUCGCCAGUCUAUGACAGCGUCCUUGUGGUCCAGGAGCUGUUUGGUUUGACGAGCAAUUCGACUGCGUACCGCCGGGUCCAAGACAUCUUUGGGACGUGGUCCGACUGGGCAUUGUACGCGACGAACGUGAGCCAACUCGUUAGCGGUCCCAAAUCCGGCCAAGUUUACGUCCGCGAUCUCGAUGGGAUGGCAUAUCGAAUGAUGGAAACGGGGAUGGGACGGUUUGUUCGUCGGAUUCCAUUGGGAAGCACCCGCGUCGCCAAGAUUGAGCAAUGCUACAUGCCGUACUCGAUGACGUCGCUCGUGUUUGGUUUGGAAGACGGCACCGGGCGCAUUCUCGAGUCCGACUCGGCAUCAACGUCGCUGGGAUGGCCACAAUGGGUACCCCUCCCGCCAGCUCCGACCCCUUGUCGGGACUUUUCCGUGGCGCCGAAUGUAUACUUUGGCUUGUCCGUCUUUUGCCUGACGACGACAGGAAUUGUGUAUGAGCUUGCGAAAGAUGACAUGGCGAGCGAGUGGUCUCCAAGUGGGUGGGUCGGUGUGCCGUACCAAUUCCAGGGCGCGCCGGACGUCGAGAGUGUGCCACCUUUGGUGCAAAUCGAGGCGAUUCAAGGAACCCAAGUCGGGCUAAUCGGCCGCGAUGUGACCAACAAACUGUGGGCGCUGCUCCAGCACCUGGACGGGACGUGGGCCGACUUUUGGUACCCCAACAUGUUGUCGGGCAGCAGCUCUCAGAUCGCGGUCAAAGUCGACUGGCAGGGCUACAUUGCCGUGUACUUUACGUCGUCCGACGGGAUGUCGUUCCGAGAGCAAAAGCAGUCGUCGCCCGAUUCGUUUGAUGCUGGCACGCAGCUUCCGAUCCCGAUAGAAGCGUUUGCCACGACGUCCGACAUGAGCGGCCUCAACCAGCUCUUCCUCUCGCAAAGCUCUGGCAAAACCAGUGGAUUCGUCAAGACUGUCGACGGCACGUGGGACCUGAUUGUGUCGUUCGCGGACGUGAAUCACUUUACAGCGCUCGUCGCAACCGAGUCGACGCGCGUCCCUGGGAGCCAAGAAGCGUACGUCGUCUUUGAAAAUCGAACGGCGUGCCGCCUUGUCCGCGACUUUCGCGGCAAGUGGGAGUCCGAGUGGCACGUUUGGAUCGACAAUGUCAAGCAAAUCAUUCCAGGCGCCACUCCAAGCGAUGCAGUCGCGCUCGACAUGGAAGGCAUGGUGUAUGCGAUCAAGGGCGGCGGGGCGGUACGGCAGCCGCUUGGCAUUGCCACCAUGGACAAAAUUCUGGCGACUCGAUCGCUGCUCUUUGCUAUCGACGCCACGUCCAGCGCGCUCAAGGAAUGGACCGUCGGCGACGACGGCAUGUUCAGGUUUGAGUGGAGGGCUGUACCUAGCGCUAUCCGUUGUGUCGACAUCGCAGCGACUCCUGACGCGAUCGACCAAGCGGCGAUCUUUUGCGUUGACGCCAUCACCAAUACACUCAAGCACGCGACCAAGUCAUUCCACGUCGACGGGACAUGGACCGGACCGUGGACGACCAUCGGAGGGUCGACCGGUGCGCGAUCGUGGCAAUCGAUUGCGGCCGCAAUGAGCCGCAGUGGGUCCCUUGUCGUGUUUGCUCAAGACGUCAGCGACGGCUUUCUGUACAUGCUGCAACAAAACGGUCCAAGGGGCAGUUGGCCGAUGACGUGGACGUUAGUGUUGCCGCAACGAGUGGCGUCCUUUACUCCCGUGGCAUCGGCGUCUGGGAGCUUAUCCGUCAUCGCGUUGACUUCGUCGGUUCUCGUCAACGUCGAUGUGGACAGCGCGGGAGAGGUGGCCCUGGCGAUGCCACAAACGUCGACGACAGCGUUUACCGUGGCUCAAGACCCCAGCCAACAACCUCAGCUCUUUUGUGUCGAUAUGGCGACUGGCCGAAUCCACGUGACCUUGCCUGCGGUUGCCGCGAGCCGCACAGAGACGUUGCCGCCUCUCGACAACGCCACGAUCGUGGCCAUUUUCGCAACCGUGCAGGCGAACGUGGUUCCAUCGAGUGGAUGA